GGGAUUAAUUACACUUGAAAACAGAGCAUAUGUUUUGGAGCCACAGGCUGAUUCCACAAGCCGUCACCUCUUUUACAAAGCGGAACAUCUAAAACUGAAUUCUGGGUCCUGCAGCCAGCAUUUUAACCUUUCAGGCAUUUCUAUCAUCGACACUUUAAAGUACUCUCAAGAAUAUUUAAAACGG